AAUUCUUAUUCCAUCAUCAAAUCCAAGAUGUCGUCGUUCAUCGGUUCACGCGUGACAGAAGUCGAGAACAAACCCCUCGAAAAACCCGUAGAUCGGGAAAAGACAUGCCCCCUAUUGCUGCGAGUGUUUUGCAACUCUGGUCGCCACCAUAGGCAAGACGAGUUUGACCGCGGAAGGGUACCACCAAAUGAGCUUCAGAUCUACACAUGGACUGAUGCCUCAUUGAAAGAGCUUUCCAGCCUCGUCAAGGAGGUCAACCCCGAGGCAAGACGUAGAGGAACAUUUUUCAGCUUCGCAAUCGUCUCCCCGGACAACAGACGACCGGGCUACCAUCUCAACAACAUCGGGAUGACCUGCUCCGGGCGCAAAGGGCCGGACGACUCUGUGACUUUGGCGUCGACCUCGUUUCAGAUCGGGGAUUAUGUGGACAUUGCAAUUUCGUUGCCGACUAGAGGAGGGGGACCCCCACCCCUCAGAAGAGACAGCUGGGGACGAAUGUAGUGUGUAGUCUACCUUAGGUUUUGAAGUAUUUUUUAUGUUAAGACUUUUUUUUAGAGUACUGUAGUAAUUUUUUUUCCAUUUUGUCUUUUAGUUUUUUUCUGGUGAUUUUGGUUAUUUGAUUUUACCAGUGACAAAUUGUUUGGCUGGUGACCUAAUUCUGGUAAGCACAAUUAAGCCGUGCUUUAAGCAAAUGUACAAGGGCUUUAGUAGCCCUAUGAAAUUGGGCCCCAAUUGAAAUCGAGCCAGGCUAUACAGGCGAGACCCCCGCCAGCCUCCUCGGUGGUACAUGUACUUUAACAACAGUCCGCAUCUUCACCGCAUACUCGCGAGGCACGGGCACUCUCCCACCAAUGCCUCCGACUCUGCAUUUUGCCGUGCUCCUCAGAAGAAUUUUAGGUGUUAUCCGAGUCUAAGCAACAUCAGCAACCAUCAUGGCAUGGUGAUUUUGAAGCAAUUUACAUGUGAACUAUAAAAAACAUUGCAUAGUUACACGUAAAUUUGUUCUCUCCAUCCAUUCUGUAUUAGACAAACUCCACAAAAAAUCAUUGUGAAAUUUGAUUACUUGAAUAAUGACCAAAUUGUUAGUGUAAAUAAAUACCAAGUUGUAGUGUUUAGGUAUAAGUUUUUUUUAAAUGAACACAUGGUCUUUUUUGGUCUUUGUUAUCACGUUCGCAUCUUUAUAUAUGCAGACGUUUUGCUGAGUUAAAUGUCGAAAUAAAUCAAAAACAAAUUAAACGAAUGGUCAACAUGUGCUUUUGUUUUACUUCAUGACUUGUUU